AUGGAAGUUAGGGUUCUAUGUUUCUUCCUUUUAAUUCUGCCUUGCUUCGUGAAAACUGAAUCGAAUUCUCCGAUAUACAAUGUCAUGGAUUAUGGUGCACAUGGAGAUGGACAUACCGACGAUACUAAGGCUUUCAUGAAAGCAUGGGAAGCAGCAUGCUCUUCUUCGUCUUCUUCUUCGCCAACCAUGCAUGUCCCUUCGGAAAUGACGUUCAUGAUUCAACCCUUGUACUUUAGAGGAGAGUGUGAUCCAAAACAAAUCGAUGUUGAGAUAAAUGGGAAUAUUAUUGCACCUAAAGAUCCCUCAGAUUGGACAUGCCAUGAUGGUUGUCGUGAAUGGAUCCAUUUUGAACAUGUCGAUGGGCUUAGGGUUUAUGGGAGUGGUACAAUCAAUGGGCAGGGACAGAAAUGGUGGGAUUUGAAUGCUUUGAAGAUUUCAAACUCUAACAACGUGUACUUGACUAGCUUAACCUUUAAGGACAACCCUCGUGUGCAUGUCGAUUUACAAAGUUCAAAAUCGGUAUUUAUCUCUAAUUUAUCAAUUGAUGCACCGGAAGAUAGCCCGAACACCGAUGGAGAUGAUUGCAUCUCCAUGGUUGAUGGGUCUUCAAAUAUCCAAAUCAGCAACAUCGCAUGUGGGCCUGGACAUGGUAUAAGUGUCGGAAGUUUAGGCAAACAUGGAGCAGAAGACAAAGUUGAAGACAUCCACGUUAGCGAUGUUGUAUUUACAGGAACAACAAAUGGUGCUAGGAUAAAGACAUGGCAGAAUACAGCAGUACAAGUUAGCAAUGUUAUUUUUCGAGAGUUUCUGGGAACGUCAAAGAAAGAGACAGCGGUGAUGUUGGAUUGCAGUGAGGCGGCUCCUUGUACAGACAUAACCCUAGACAACAUAUACCUUCGUACGACACAUGGACAUAAUGCAAAAUCUGUUAACAACAAUGCCCAUGGAAGAACUCAAGGAUUAGUGGUUCCAGAGAUACCCCUCUCUUAA